AUGUUCCUUCUUAGUGGAGUAACGCAGCAGCAGCCCCAGCUGCUGCUGCUGCAGCUCGGCAGGCGGGCGCUGCAGCAGCAGCAGCAGCAGCAUUUGCUGCUGCUGCGCCGCAACACCCAUUCUGCGCACGGGCGGCUGUCCACUCGCCUCUCGCUUAUGUUGCAGAGACAGCAGCAGCAACGGCAGCGGGAACAGGAGAAGCGCGUGCCCGCUUCGCAGCGCCGAAACCAAGAGCAGCAGCAGCAGCAGCAGCAGCAGCGGCGGCUGUCCGAAGAGGAACGCAAGGCCCUGCUGCAGCAGCUGCUGCUUCGCAUAGACGAAAGCUUCAAGCAGCACCACUCUUUGUGGCUGCCUCGCCAGAGCCAGCGCGGGGGCGGCAGAGCAGCAAAGCCUUCGCUGCAGCGCCCCUGGAACCCCAGGAAGCAGCAGCAGCAGCAGCAGCAGCAGCAGCGGCAGCAGCAGCUGCGGGGGCGUUGGGGCGCCCCUGCGGGCGGUGCUCCUGGCAGCGCGUGGGCGACGCAGCACCCCGCUGAAGCCACAGCAACCCCAGCAGCAGCAGCAGCAACAGCAACAGCAGCAGCAGCAACCCCAGCAGCAGCAGCAGCAGCAGCAGCAGUUCCAGUGCCUGCUGUUCGCCGCUCCGAAGACCUCAGCGCCCUCGAGUGUCUCUUUUUGCUGCUGCGGCUGGUCCGGCUGCCCAAGGAUUGGCAGCAAAUUUUGCGGCUGCUGCAGCUGCUGAAUAACUUUGGGAGACUCAGCGGCAGCAGCAGCAGCAGCAGCAGCAGCACCACGCACAGCGAGAUCGCCACCCGACUUGCUGCUGCUGCGGCCCUUUGCAAACGCCACGACGAAGCCUGUGCUGUGCUGGAGUGCAGCAAAUACUUUUUGUCUUCUCCUCCUUCUUUAUUUAUUGUUUUUAAUCUUUUGGAAGAUGCAUUAGGUAGAAAAGAUGCAGCAGCAGCAGAUAAGCUUUUCCUUUCCCUCAGACACGACUGGAGACUGCCGAUAUCCCCGUCGAGUUACUUGCUGAUGCUGCGAGCUGCAGUGACACCUGAACACACUGACAUCAGAAGAUGCGCAAAAGGUCCAGCAGGCUCAGAGCCUGCGCCGGGAGAGACGCAAGCCGGAGCUGCAGCGGAAGCAGAUGAUGCAGCAGCAGCAGCAACAGCAGCAGCAGCGGAAGCAACAAACACACAAGACGCAGAAGCAGCAGCAGAAGGAGAGGCAGCAGCAGAUGAUGAGAUCACUGCAGCAGAGUACCUGAGGAUGGCGAAGAGAGUUUCGGUUUGUAUGGAAGAAGAUGCUGCUGCUUUCAACGGCCGCCCGCUUUCCCCCAGAGCUUUGCUGCUGCAGUCUUGGCUGGCUCUCUUGGAGCACAAAUUUGCUGCUGAUACUGCUGCACUGCAGCAAGGCGUUUCGCUGCUGCUUGCUGCUUGUGCAGCACGAGUUGCUGAGGGCAGCAGCAGGUAA